AUGAUUCACAACAAACACCUCUUCAAGAAUAAGGUGGUGCUCGACAUCGGCUGCGGCACCGGUAUUCUCAGUAUGUUUGCCGCUAAGACGGGCGCCGCUCAUGUCAUCGGGAUCGAGUGCAGUGGUAUUGUGAAUCUGGCCGAACAAGUCAUCAAAGACAACAACCUCUCGCACAAAAUCACUUUAAUUAAGGGUAAAGUGGAAGAGAUUGAAUUGCCGGCCGAUUACCCCAAAGUCGAUAUUAUAAUCUCGGAAUGGAUGGGCUAUUGCCUGUUCUAUGAGUCGAUGUUAGACACAGUUAUUUAUGCCAGAGAUAAAUGGCUCAAUCCCGAUGGCCUCCUAUUCCCCGACAGAGCGACACUCUAUAUAACAGCCAUUGAGGACCGUCAGUAUAAAGACGACAAAAUCAAUUGGUGGGACGAUGUCUAUGGCUUUGACAUGAGUUGUAUCCGAAAGAUAGCGAUCGCCGAGCCGUUAGUCGAUGUGGUGGACGCCAAACAAGUGGUGACCACCAACUGUCUCAUCAAAGAAGUCGACUUAUACACCGUCACUACUGCGGACCUGAUCUUCAAAUCAAACUUUCACUUAUCCGUGAGAAGAGAUGACUACAUCCAGGCGUUCGUCACUUACUUCAACAUAGAGUUCUCGAAAUGUCAUAAGCGCACCGGAUUCUCCACCUCCCCGGAAUGCAAUUACACUCAUUGGAAGCAAACCGUCUUUUAUAUCGACGACUACUUGACUGUGAAACGCGGCGAAGAAAUCAAUGGAACCUUUAUGAUGACCCCCAACCCUAAGAAUAAGGUCUAUAUCGACAGCAUUCAUCGAGACAUGGAUUUCGAGAUUUUGGUCAAUUUCCGGGGCGAGCUGUCCGAGCUCCAGGAGCCGUUCACUUAUAAAAUGCGUUAAUAUUUGUAUUUAUAAUUUAGGCUUAACUUUAAAUUUGAUGAAACGCUAGAUUAAUAAUUGAAGACAUUUGCUAUUAUUAUCUAUUUUGAACAUUUAAUUUAAAGUCUAAUAUUAAUCUUAUAAUUAAAAAUAUUCUUCUGAAGCGUCGAUUAGUAAUUAUCUCUUGAAAACGAU